AUGCCAAAUUACGCAAAGUUUAUGAAGGAAGUGAUGUCAAAGAAGCGAAAAUUGGAGGAAUAUGAAACAGUAAAAUUGACAGAAGAAUGCAGCGCUAUUCUUCAAAAGAAACUUCCUCAGAAGAGAAAAGAUCCGGGCAGCUUCACUAUUCCGUGCACCAUUGGAAGCUCUUCCUUUGAAAAGGCCCUCUGUGAUCUAGGAGCAAGCAUCAAUUUAAUGCCACUAUCAGUAUUCAAGAAGUUAGGCCUCGGGGAGGUCAAGCCAACAACAGUGACUCUACAACUAGCUGAUAGGUCCCUCACCUACCCACGAGGAAUUAUUGAAGACGUGUUGGUAAAGGUCGACAAAUUCAUCUUCCCAACUGAUUUUGUGGUAUUGGAUAUGGAAGAAGAUCAGGAAAUUCCACUGAUUUUAGGCAGACCAUUUUUAGCAACUGGAAGGGCAUUAAUUGAUGUACAAGGGGGACAAUUGACAUUGAGAGUGAAUGAAGAAGAGGUGAGGUUCAACAUUUACCAAGCAAUGAAGUACUCAGAUGACAAUGACACUUGCCACAGGAUUGACUUCAUUGAUUCUGCUGUGAGAGAUGAGAAAUUAUGUAUUGAAGAUCCUCUAGAGCAAUGUAUGAUGUUUAGUACAACAAAGGAUGAUAUUAGCACUUUUGGAGAGUACAUCGGGAGCAAGGAUUUGGUUGAUUACAUAUUGGCUCUUGAGUCUACAUCAAUUGUGGAAAACCCAUCACAAUGUGAGGAUAUUCAACAGUCAAAGGAAGCAGAUGACAAAGAAAGCAAUGAAAGCAGUAAGAUUGAACUGAAGCAACUACCAGAUCACCUUCGCUAUGCAUUCCUGGGGGAUAAGUCUGCAUUUCCAGUAAUUAUUUCUUCAUCACUCACCAUAGACGAAGAGGAUAGAUUAUUGAAAGUGUUGAGGGAUCAUAAGGCCUCUUUGGGAUGGUCGAUAACUGACAUCAAUGGGAUAAGUCCUACAAUCUGCAUGCAUAAAAUCCUCAUGGAAGUCUUUCAAGCCAUCCAUCGAACAUCAAAGAAGGUUAAACCCAGCAAUGAAAGAAGUGGUUCAAGCGGAGAUUCUAAAGCUAUUGAAGGCAGGAAUCAUUUUUUCCAUUUCAGACAGUGA